AUGAAAGUUUAAGUAACAAUCCCUUCUAACACUUCAAAGCAAACAAAAUAACCUAUAAAUGCUAUUGCCACUCCAGCUUCAAAGCGCUCAUCAGCUGUUAAGCAUUCAUCACCCAAAAGACAAGUCAGCAGCUUGUCAAGUAACCAUGGCUCUCUUGGUACCUAGCACUCAUCUCCUUACAAAUAGCAGACACACUAGUCGAGAACAACUAACUCAAGCCAAAACACUAACUCACAACACCAGAUUGUGGAUAAAUAAAGCUUCUCUACAAAUAAUACCAGUUUUUAGGAUAAGGAGAUUUAAAUACUCAAAGAAUAAGUAGAAUAACUUAAGACUACACUUAAAGACGCUUAGGAUAAAGAAGUGCAAUAGAAGCUAGUCUAUGAUCAAUUAAUUCAAAGUCUGCAUCAAAAUCAAGAGAAUAGUAGCAUAUCUGAGAAUUAUAACAGCGUCGAUAUGAUAGAUAUUAAUUUGCUUCACGAUUUGAAUGCAAGCAAUUUAAAUGAAUUAAGACUAUAAAAAGAGAACGAAUUAAAAACAAAGAUAAGAACUCUUGAGUUUCAACUAGAGGAAGCAAAUAAAAAUCUGUCUUAAACAUAGAAUAACUACAAACUAUUACAAAAAGAGUAUGAUUUCAGCUAGAAAGAUCAUCAAACUAUAAUGAAUCAUUUGAGAUUAGAUAACUAAAGACUGAAAGAAUCCCUCUAAAAUGAAAAGGACAGAUCUACGAACGAACUAUCAAUAGCAAUUGAAGACAGAAUGGAAAGAGAAAAUCAGAAUAUUAGAGAUUUGCAGACAAAGUUUGAAUUCCAGAUCGAGGAAAUGAGGCACCUUAAUCUAAGGGAAAAAGCCAGCUUAGAAGAAGAGUGCUAAAGACUUAAGAGUGAACUAAAGUUCCUAAGACUAGAGCACAGCGAGCUUAUUUCAAAUACAAAUGUUGAGAAAUAGAUUACUUUUUUACAUGAGGAGUAUCUUUCGGAGAUUCAGGCCUUAAAUCAGCAGCUUGCACUUAAAUAAUAAGAAACUUGCCUUUUAUUGGAGUCAAUGGACAGAGAAAAAAUGUAACUCAUAGAGAGGAUCAAGCAGAUGGAGAGUGAGCUAGAAAAAACCAAAGAUUCCCAGUCAAAGAUAAAAUAAGAGAAUUAGAAGAAGAAUGCUGAAAUGAAGGAGAAGCUCGAAAAAGCCUUCCAUUAGUUAACUGCAAACGAUGAAGCUGCCAAUGAACUGCACACUCUGAGAUCAUAAAUUAAAGAAAUGUAGUCAAAGAUAGAAGUAAAACAGACUCCAACAAUGAAUAAAAAUGAAAAGUUUGAAAGUUUUUCAAUUAAUCCUGAUGACAUUCAAAUCAAAAUUAUCAGCGAUGAGUAAGUUCAAAAUAUCAAGAGGGUCGAAACUAUUGCUAAAGAUCUUCAGAGUUAGAUAGGCCUCUUAAUGAGUGAAAACUAAAAAAUUAGAAAAGAGCUAUAACAGACCCUGACUUAAGCCAGAAGUAUGUCGCCACAAGCAUCAGUGAGAAAGAUAGACACGUACCAUUUAGAGGAUAAACUAGAGAAAACUCAAGUAACCCAUAAGAAGAGACAAAGAAAUAAAUAAGGGUUUGCAAGUCCACAAAUCCAGUCAAGAAAGUAGAAUUUGAUCAACUAGGAUCACUAGCAGUCUACAAAGCCAAGAAAGGUAAAAGGAUUCUUAGAAUCUCAAAGAAUAAACAAAAACCUACAGCUGAAUGAGCCAUCAUCAAACAACACUGUCAUUUAGGAUUAUAACUUGCACACUAAUAAGUCAAACCAAAACAGUCCUUCAAACCAGCCAAUGACAAUGAGUUAACUUAACUCUGGUGGAGUCAGCGCAAGACUGUUUGAUCAUUGUGCAGGCAGUAAGGUUAGUGGAAAGAAACUCUAUUUCUAGAAGAAUAUGCAGGCAAUGGGUAAUGAUAUGAGUGCUUUCACACUUAACACAACUAAUAUGACCACUGAUUACACAGCUUUAGGAUAAAGUGGAGUAUUGGGAAAUAUGAGUCAUAGACAAAUUAGCAAAAAAGAUAUGAGUUAGAGUUUAUCCAGCAAUUAAUUGCUAAUUGCUUCUCCAAUGAAUAGCUAAACUAUUGUCUUCUAAAAAAUGCAAAGUCACAUUGAUAGUAUUAAAUGUGCCAACUGCUUAUAAGAAUAUCCAUUUGAAGAGUUUAUGAAUCACCCAUAGUAUUGCAUGAUUUAGCCUCCAGGAGGUUUGGAGAUGAGCAAAUAAAAGAUGACAGGUCAUGAACAAUUGUAAAGUAUUUCUCCAAUCAAGAGCAGAAACAAAUCCUAAGGCUUAGCUAAUUAAAAUAGCGAUCCUAAGAAUAAAUAAAAGAAGUCCAUGGUAUUUGAAAGAAUUUAACAGCCAAGAGAAUACGACUCCUACUUAGACCUCAAUGAGGAUUACUCUACUGACCAUGGUGGUUAUAGAUCAAACUACGGUGGAAAUAUCGUGGGAGGAUAGCUAGGCAACAAUAUGAUUGCAUAAAGACCAAGUUUCCUCUCGUCAGUCGACUAUAACAGCUUUAUGGACAAGAGUGUGCCCUUUAUGAGAAAACAAGAAUCCUCUAACUCCCCAGACAUUCAUGAUAAGUAGUAAAAUGUAGUCUAUGGCAAGCAACUAAAACACAUUAAGCAGCUCGAAGAGAGAGCUAAAUUCUUUGAAAAUAUUUUUAGGCAAGCAUAGGAAAAUGUUCAUAAGCUGAACGGUGACCUCAGGAAGAAGGAUCUUGAAAAUGAAAAGCUAAUUUUAGAUCUGAAGUAAACAAAGAUCCAUAUUGCUCUCCUUGAAGAAACUUCAGCCUAGAAAGAAAUAAUUCUAAAAAGUGAGAUAAACAACUUGAGAUAGUAAUAAAAAUAAAAGGGUAUUCAACCUGAAAUUACAGUUAAAUUAAAUCAGACCAAUGUAUCUUGCUUUAAUAUAGGAGUAUCUUCAAUAGCCAAUAAUCAUGAGAUAAAGAUCGAGCCUUAGAGUUUACUAUAAAAGGCCACUCAAGACUAAAAGAUUUAGGUGCAGGGAACAACAUUGAAAACUCCUCAAGUAUUCAAGUAAAAGCUUAAUGACUUUACAAAGGACCCAAUUUACUAAGAAACAGAUCCCUCUUUCGGUGAUUUAAAAGCAGGUCUUAAGAAUUACAAGCAAGAUGACUUUAGAGCUCCACCAAAGAGAUUGAGAUCUAUGGAUAAGGACUAGUGUAUCUCAACAGCUACUUAGAGUCUUAAUGGAUACCCAAUACAUCAUGGAUAUAGUUAAUCAUUCCAUCAUCAGGGUGUUGAUAAUCCCCAGAUAUCUUAAGAUGUUCAUCCUGAUGGCUUGCCUCAUUUUGGACCUUCAAUUUCUAAAUAGAUCAGUAUUGAUUCAGGCAGGAAACAUCCUCAGAUGCCUUAUGCUUCGAAAUUGUAAAGAGGUCUUGGAUCUCCUAAAAUGCUCACUACUAGAUAAUCCCCACAAAAUCAGAUUUCAAUGAGAUGA